GAACUCUGCAGGUUGGAGCAGAUUUAUUAUCUGCUGUUCUUGCUGAGAUCCAGGAAAUACUCUAAUUGCUAAAGAGGUGGCGUUUGAAAGCAGAAAUGUUUUAGAAGAAAAGAGCGAGGGUAGCCAGGACUGCUGAAGGGGAUCACAAGCGACCUGGGUUGUAUCAGUGAUUUGCUUGAACAUGCAAGUUUGCCAUUCUGGAUCAUACUGAACACUCAGUGCUCUUCUCGGCAAUGAAGCUGUGUUCUGGGACAUGCCCUAGAUUGGUGCUUACAAUUACAGCGCUGUUCCUAAUUAAACAGAUCAAAGGUGCUCUUGAUACAUUAACACUUAACUGGCAUUCCUAUAAAGAAUCAUGCUUGAAAAAGUUGCAGGAAUCGACAACAAAAACGGGAGUAUACUGCAAAGGGACAUUUGAUCAGUUUGUUUGCUGGCCUUAUUCGUCUCCAGGAAAUGUCUCUGUUCCUUGCCCGUCUUAUUUACCUUGGCUAAAAAAUGGAAGUGCAGGGAAUGUAUACAGAGUCUGCAUGGAGCAAGGGAUUUGGAAAACAUUUGAAAACUCCAGCCAGAUUUGGAGUAACCGUUCAGAGUGUGUGGAGGAGAACUAUUGGCAGUCAAAAAAAGACAAGCAUCUGUUGUAUAUCAUUCUGCGGCAUCUUUAUACUGUUGGAUAUUCUUUUUCUAUUGCUUCUCUUGUAUUAGCUCUACUCAUACUGCUCUUGCUGAGGAAACUGCAUUGCACAAGGAACUUCAUCCAUAUGAAUCUGUUUGCUUCAUUCAUCUUGCGAGCCGCAGUGGUUCUCAUAAGCGACAGUAUAACACACAAUACUUAUAUGUUUGUUUAUAUUGCCUCUGAAAAGCCGAGUGAUGAACAUGGAUGGCUUUCCUCCUUGAGUGCAGAGAAAUUAACUGUUUGCAGGGUGAUCCAACUUUUCAUGCAUUACUUCAUUGGGGCAAAUUUUUUCUGGCUUCUAGUAGAAGGAAUUUACCUCCAUAGGUUAUUAGUAACAACUAUGCUGUCUGAGAAACACCUUCUGCAGAGAUGUAUGUUCAUUGGAUGGGGUGUUCCAGUUGUGUUUGUAGCCUCCUGGGGAAUAAUAAAAUACCAAUUGGAGCAUGAAGGAUGCUGGGCAACGAAUCGGAACAUGUCAUUCUGGUGGAUCAUUCGAGGGCCAAUAUUUUUUUCCAUUGCUGUUAACUUCUGUAUCUUCUUAAAAAUUCUAAAGUUGCUGCUUUCAAAGCUUAAAGCCCAGCAAAUGAAUUUCCGUGAUUACAAAUUCAGGCUGGCAAGAUCAACUCUGGUGUUAAUACCAUUACUAGGGAUUCAUGAACUUGUCUUUUUCUUCAUCCUUGAUGAACAAGUCAAAGGGCGUUCCAGACAUAUAAAACUCUUUAUUCAUCUGACAGUGACUUCCUUCCAUGGAUUUCUUGUUGCACUUUUAUAUUGUUUCUCUAAUGGUGAGGUGAAAGCUGAACUGCUGAAGCAAUGGUCUCGUUUCCUGCUGGCAUACCCUUUAGUCUGCCUGCCAUGGGAGUACAUCAAGCAUUUGGGGAGGUGUCCAAAGAAAUCCAAGAAGCAGCACUCCUCGGAAAUGUUUCCAUCUCAGAGCAUGCAGGUGGCAAAGCAGAGAACAUGCUGCAAUGUAGAGCUAAGCCUCACAUGGAGACCCAAGCCCAGAACAAGCAGUUGUGACAGUAGUGAAGGAGAAGUCACAGCUGGUGAGACCACUGAGGAGGUCUUUGAAGAAAAUGAGAUUUAGAUGCCCAGAGUACAACCAAAAACUUCGUGAAUUGGGGCAGGGGAUCUUAGAUCACGCAGGACCUGGACACACUGGAAUGAAUGAUCCCAUGAAAGGACACUGCCAUAUCCUUUAAAAACUGGUUGAGCACACAGAACUGCUUUCAGCUUGUCAUAAAGUUGCUUUUUAUGUCAGUAAAUAAGCAGCUGGAUGGCAGCAAUGAAUAAAUGAACUGAACUGAUAGCUGGGUUGAGCACAACACCUUCAGCCGCUUGCAUGUAUACAUUUAUCUGCACAUUUUCAGCCUCAGAUAUAACAAUUAAAUGCUGAACUGUCUAGGACAGCUUUAUUACUAGUUCUGCUUGGAAGGUACACAAAUGCUUUAUAGUCCUCAUUUCCAUUAUCCGUCCAAGUAAAUCAUGAUUAUUUCUACUUUUGCGGACAUUUUAAAGGUACAGACUAACCUAGCAGAAAAUCUAGUCUGGAAAAUGAAUGGGAGGAGAUGAGAGAUCUAAAGGAGCAUAACCCAAAUCCAUCUAUUUGAAAAUAGCAAGAGAAGGCACAGCAUGUGUUAUAAAUGCUAGAUAAGUAUGUCAUCCAAUAAAUAAGCAAGCAAAUAGGCAAGCACGAAGAAAAAUAGAAUUUGCAUGUAAAUGCAUGUAGCAUUUCCCCCACAUUUUUAAACAACUGAAAAGCAGUCCUGGGAGACUCUGGUCUUGAAUGGAAAACUGGUGAGGGAUGCUUAACCUUGUCACAACUGUUAUUCCCAGACCUAUCCGAAAACUGAUGUGCUAAACCCUGAAUGGCUAGACCAGGGUGGCCAACCUAUGGUGCUCCAGAUGUGUAUGGACUACAAUCCCCAUCAGCCCCUGCCAGC